UACGUCUGCAUAACCCCGCACGAGAAUGUAAAAUUUCAGAAAUAUGACGGGGCCAACACCAAAAUUAUACGCAGGGGAGACUCUUGACACUGUGUCGGGGUUUCCAACGCUGUACAACUUCUUCCCUGCAGACGCGAGUAAGCCGAUAGUGGUUUUCAUUCCCGGUGCAGGACACAAUGCUCGCAUCGCUUACGGGGGUCAUGAAGGGUCCAGCCAAAAGGAUUUCCUGGCAUAUUGGAUCAAUGGUCAUGGCUAUGGGUUUUUAGCCGUCUCAUACCCACUCGAGAACACGCCUGCCAUCAUGCCAGCUAUUGCACCUCAAUUCCGUAUUCGCGAUUGGGGCAAGCAGGCGGCCGAGGUAACCCAUCACAUAAUCAAGCAGCAUAAUCUCUCGAGCAGAGUUGUGCUAUUAUGCUGGAGUAUGGCUGGAAGGAUAGUCGUACCUUAUAGUAUUGCUGCAAAAUCCGUAGGCCUUCAUGUGGACUUAUUUGUGUCUCUCGCAGCCUCCCCGGGAAUGCAUGGAACGCGACCACCACCGCCAGGAAUAACGUGUUCAGCAUCGGGAUACGCUGUAUAUGCUAGAAUGAUCGAAUUAUUUCUUAUACAGAUUCACGAACAGGAAAACAACCUAAAUCACGGACGUACGAUUAUACCUGAUGAGGUCUUCAAGCGAGAGUAUUUUGGAUUUACCCCAGUCUCUCUUUUAGGAUGGAAUCUUGGUUAUGACCGGGCCACUCAUGGUCAAAAGUUUUCCGAAGAUCUGUUUACAUCGACCAAAGAUGCAGCAGUUGAUCAGGCAGAGAAUCUACCCGUGAUUGCAGCUUUGACAGGCCAUAGCGUGUUGGAUGCUAGACAUUUGAUAAUGGACCAGGCAACAUGGACUUUUAUGCUCAUGCAGAAGUUUAUGCGUACCAUUGAGAUCUCAAAGGGAGUUCACGGCUUAACCCAGGCUCAAGGGACUAGGCUAGCUAAGAUGGCACAUUCUAUACCCGGGAGGAUUUCCAUGACAAUCCCAGGGAAUCAUUAUUUCUUCAUUGGAGAGUGUGGAGCACGCGAAACAGCACAGGCUAUAAUUGAUAGCUUAGAAAUGGCGGCUACAUUGGAGCACGAGUUUGAUACUCUGUUGAAUAGUUAGAGACCAUUUGAAAGACUGAUGAACAGACAGCUACACGUAUCUUUGUAAUGCUUUCUUUUAUUCCACAUGUUAAAAUAAAAUUUGUAUCCAAUUUUUUGAUAAUAUAGG